UCUCUUUUGCUGGCAUGCGAAUCAAGAAGUAGCAUGGCCGCCAUCUGGAAAAUAACCCUCAACCCAAGAAACCAAAAAAGGGUCUUUCUUACUGACAUCCAGCACCACUUGUUAUGCAAUCUACUCGAACCCUGUGAGUAACAGAUCCUGUAGUAUUCGUCCCAUUUUACGCCAUUUUUUGAUUUCUUUGAGUAGGAACCAGUUUCGAUACUCUCAAAGAGAGACAGAAGAAUGGAGGAAGAAGGUCUUGGAACGCCAUUUGUGGGUCAAGAAUCAGAAAAGAGAAUCAUAUCCUACAGCAAAGAUGAGAUAUUGGGUGAGUUCAAGAAACAGGUGUACUUAGCAGGCCCUUUGAUGACUGUAAAUCUGCUGAUUUGUGGGUUAUCGAUGAUUUCUGUGAUGUUUGUUGGUCAUUUGGGGGAGUUGGCUCUUUCUGGUGCUUCAAUGGCUACUUCUUUUGCUUCUGUCACUGGUACCAGCUUAAUGAUUGGAAUGGGCAGUGCUUUAGAUACAUUCUGUGGGCAAUCCUAUGGGGCAAAACGAUAUCAUUUGCUGGGAAUCCAUAUGCAAAGAGCCAUGAUCGUUCUUUUAUCGGUCAGCAUCCCUCUUGCUUUUAUCUGGGCCUAUGCUGGAUACUUGCUUGUUUUCCUAGGCCAAGAUCCUCAAAUCUCAGCUGAAGCUGGUCUCUAUGCUAGAUUCAUGAUCCCUAGUCUUUUUGCCAAUGCUCUACUUCAAUGCUUUGUUAGAUUUCUGCAAGCUCAAAAUAAUGUGGUUCCAAUGAUGUUAAGUACUGGGAUUACAACUUUACUUCAUAUUCUUGUUUGUUGGAUUAUGGUGUUCAAAUCUGGUCUUGGAAAUAGAGGUGCAGCAUUGGCUAAUGCAAUUUCUCUUUGGAUUAAUGUAUUGUUGUUGGCGGUUUAUGUUCGAGUUUCUCCUUCGUGUAAAAAGACUUGGACCGGCUUCUCCAGAGAGGCUUUCCAUAACAUUCCAAUCUUUUUGAAACUUGCAGUUCCUUCUGCAGUUAUGGUCUGUUUGGAGAUAUGGUCGUUUGAGAUGAUGGUGUUGCUAUCUGGUCUUCUUCCAAAUCCACAACUAGAAACCUCAGUUCUUUCUAUCAGCCUCAAUACGUGCUCGAUGAUUUACAUGAUUCCUCUUGGUCUAAGCAGUGCCACAAGUGUACGGGUUUCAAAUGAAUUAGGAGCUGGGCGGCCACAAGCAGCACGUUUAGCAUUGCGUGUUUCUAUGAUUUCUGUAAUAACUGAAGGCAUUUUGGGUGCGAUAAUCUUGGUUUUAGGCCGAAAGCUAUGGGGAUAUUGUUAUAGCAAUGAAGAAGAAGUGGUGAGUUAUAUUGCAGAGAUGAUGCUGCUUCUUGCAGGAUCCCAUAUCGUCGAUGGCAUCCAAUCUGUGCUUUCAGGGGCCGUUAGAGGGAGCGGCCGGCAAAAAGUUGGCGCUAUUGUGAACUUGGGAGCUUAUUAUCUUAUUGGCAUACCUUUGGCGAUCUUGUUUGCUUUUGUAUUUCAUAUGCGAGGAAAGGGUUUAUGGUACGGGAUCAUUGCAGCAUUAUUCGCUCAAGCGUUUUUCCUUUGGAUUUUAACUUUGUGCACCAACUGGGAAAAGGAAGCGAAGAAGGCUAAUCAGCGAGUGUACGACUCCGUAAUCCAAGAUGAAGUAUCAUAGAGGACGAAGGUAAAUAACAAAGAAAUAGUCCAUUUCCGUUUGGAAACAAACAACCACCAUCGUGGGUGAUCAACGAAUUGGGCUAUGAGUACUUACAAAAAACGUUGCGCGAAUGUUUGUGGUUCUAGAACGUGAUAAUAAGUUAGAUAUUUUCUGAUAUCUGAGUAACGUUUAUGUUUCUUUUUCAUGAUUUAUGGUCAUGAUUUGAUGAUUUAUUGUAUUGUACAAUAUACCGCUACGAUUAAGUAUGAAAUCGUAAGGGUAUGGGUCUUUUUGGAUAUUUGUGAGAGCAUCUCCGUCAUGUAUGUUAUAUUUUCUCACUGUUUUUAC